UGUAUUUCGCUAAGAAUUUCGUUGUAUUUAUGCCAAUUGUUUUGUUUGUUAUCACUCCCUAUUGCGAUGCUUGGCGAAGGCGUCGUCGACGUCGCUGUACUCCACGAAGCUGCGAAGUUAGUUAUUGGUCGUCCUGGAGCACGUGCAGUUCAGACCAGUGCGGGUAGCAAUUGUGGGGGAGAGCAAUGCCCUGAUCUGUUCGAAACACGGCUGUGUCAUGGAAGUAAACCGGUGAGCUGUCACUUAAGCUACUGGUCAGAAUGGAGCGCUUGCACUACAGUGUGUGGCGUAUCAGGGAAACAGACAAUUUAUUGCCACAGAAUAAGAACAGAACAGUGUGGAGGAGUAUGUACGUCCACCUUCUAUAAAACAAGAGCCUGUCCUCUCACGAGUUGUUUAAACGGAGGAGGUUUAAGAGGUGAAACAUGUUUCUGUAAGAAAGGCUUUGGUGGAAAUUGCUGCGAGAAAGAAGGUAAUAUUUACAGAUUGGCAACUGUUAAAUGUCUGCUAGCUUCCUUAUGAUCCAGUGGCAAGAAGUAUGUCUUACUAUAUUCAUAACCCCUUAUUCAAUGAAAAAUAAAUUUAGAAGCACUGCUAGAGCUCGUUUCCGAAUACUAAUCCGGAAAAAAUAACCACAGAAAAGGAAAUAUUUCAAAAAUCAUUCCUCAAAAUGGAUAAAUGUUUUUGAAACUAAGACCAAGGUUCAAACUCACACGUAUUAUUCUCUUGGGCUAACCUAGGAUACAUAGGUUAUUUUGCCUGCUUCAGUUUCACUUUAUCGACAGUUUUCAUCACCUCGAUCAUUUUCUUGUCUUUUAUAGAUUCAUCUUUGUCGAGGGGUGGAAUUUGCGGAGUAGUCAUUGGCUCAGUCGCCGGAGUGUGUUUUUUUAUCAUCCUAUCUAUCAAGUUAUACAAG